CCGUAGUCACCACCUCCUCCCUCUUCUCCACAACGAGAGCCCAAGCCGCCAUCUCCUCCCAAACUGAAAUCGACAGGCUCCGAUCUCAGUUCGGUCCCUGACAUGGAAGCCCUGUCUGGGCCCGCGAGGAAGCGGAAGGACAGGGACGCGGCGGCCGGGGGCUCGAGUCCAGCCGAGCCGGCCGUCGGCGUCGGCAACAGGCUCCUGCCCGGGUGCCUCGCGCACGAGUUCCUCUCGUCCGGCACGGUCCUCGGCGAAAGACUCGGGCCCGGGGCAGGGGCGGAGGCGAGCGAGGCCGUGCUGGUGCAACGCGGCGGGGCCCGCGUGCCGAGGGUGGUGAACCCCGCGCAGCUCGCGGCGUGGGCGGGGAGGUGACGCGACGCCGGCAAGCGAGACGACGCACCGGCCACGGGGUACAUGGCGCUCGGCAUCUGGCGGAAGUACCAGCGUGCUUUGUGCCUUCCCCCUUCUUUUUUUACUCUCGA